AUGCACACACACUACCCCAUUGUUAUUCACAAAGACCCGGAUAGCGACUACUGUGUAACUGUCCCUGAUCUACCCGGUUGCAUAACCGCAGGGGAUACGCUUGAUGAUGCACAAAAUCAAGCCGCCGAAGCGAUUCAAUGUCAUAUUGAGGGUAUGUUACUUUAUGGUAAGUCAAUCCCUCAACCGAGAGAUAUCGCGUUCCAUCAACAUAAUCCAGACUACGCUGAUGGACGGUGGGAAUCGGUAAAGGUAAUUAUCCGUGAUGUUUCUGAAAUUCAGGUUGUUCAGCCCGGUCCGAUUCGCCGGUUUUUCCGAUGGUUCAGCCAAGCUACUCAAGUACUCAGAUAG